AUGAGCCUCCUCAACCCGACGACCGCCUCGGCCGUCUUCCGCAUCACCGCCCGGCCCGCGGUGAUCCGCCAGACCCUAAGCCGCAACCUCCCGCUCUGCCAAUCCUCACCCAUCAGCACCUUCCGCCCCUUCGUCGCCGCCGUCCCCUCCAAGCCCGCCCUCGCUGCCGUCAAAUGCUCCUCCCCUGCCCUCCUCCUUCAACAGACCCGCCUCGCCUCCACGGCCGCCGCGUCGCAGGUGCCGACCCAACAGCUCGACUGGAACACCUUUUUCCAGCUGCGCAAGACGCGCCGUCGAAUUCAGGUGCUGUUCAGCAUUGCCGGGGCCGCGACGUGCGGUACGGCUGGGUCGUGGGUGCUUGCUGCGGGCCUCGCUGAGCCUUUGUUGGGCUUGAUUCCGCUGGAUCCAUUCAUUACGAUGGGGUUGAUGGCUUUUUCGUCGGCGACGCUGGGUUGGCUUUUGGGGCCGAGUUUGGGAUCGGGGGUGUUUAAUUUGUGGCAUAGGAGGAUUAAGCCUCAGAUGGCCUCGAAGGAGAAGGAGUUUUUUGCGCGAAUCAAGAAGCACCGAGUCGACCCCUCGACUUCUUCGGUUGGAAACCCAGUGCCCGACUUCUACGGUGAAAAGAUUUCAAGCGUCUCCGGAUACCGACAGUGGCUCAAGGACCAGAGGGCGUACAACAGGAAGCGAACCCGAUUCGUAUAA